AUGAAUAAAUGUUAUUUACCAGGAGUUAUAAUAAAAGCAAGAAUGAUCUUAUAUGAUGGGGAUUUGUUAAAACUGUAUUUGAGCUCAGCAGAAGACAAAUUAGUCCUAUUAUUUGCUAAACACAAAGAAACAUUGAAAUCGAUGGUUACUUUACCUUGUGAUGAAAUGCUUUGUGUAGAGAGUGGUUUAAAAGAAAAAGAAAGUAGCUUAACUAAUUUCAAUUAAUUGGUCUGA